GUCUGUCGCGGGCAGCUCUCUCUUGGGCAGCCCUUUUGGCAGUGAUAGGAAGCCGGGCAGCUCUCUCUUGGGCAGCCUUCCUUGGGGGCAGUGAUAGGACGCCGGCAGCCGCGGGCAGCUCUCUUAGGCAGCCUUCCUUGGGCAGCAAUACGUCGGCAGCCGCGCGCCUGCGUGCUGUCGACCUGCACGCCAUCGACGCGUGAUCACCACCAAUGGAGGUCGACCUCAUCAUAAGAGGUCGGGACAAGGACCAUUUUGGGGAUUGGUGGACCAUGGGCGACGACAUCGUCCUCGAAGUCCCGCUCGACAAGCAGUUGUCGGAGAUCAUCAAGAUGGUCCAGGACGUGCUUAGACAGAGAUUCACGCCCGAGGGCGCGGACGAGCCGGACUACGGCGAGCACGGCAACCCCAUGCACGUCACUCGUUUAGAUAUCGUGCUGCCGGUGUACCUCGCGAAAGGUAAAAGAGAUGAUAGGAACAUCACGGAAUCUGAGUGGAGCAUGUCUUUACGUAGAGUCGGCCUGACGGCGAACAACUGUUUACUCGAGUUCCGGCCGAAGGAGAUGGGCCUCUGGAUGUGGCACCCGUUGGAGUACUACAAGAACCAGUACCGCGAAUUAUUGGUGAAGACGAUUGGGAAUAGGCAGGUCAUGCUGUCCGAAUUGGUCGAGGAGGUGAAACGAACAAGGCCGCCUCCAAUUAGGACGUCCACGAAAGUCUUCCUGAGGUGCUACCCCGAGGUCUUCUGGGUGACCACUCACAUCGCCUCCGGAUUGUCCGAGGUGCGGCUCAACAAGACGCUCGAGCCGCCGACGUUCCUCUAGUCCCCCCCCUGUGGUAUUAAGUAUUGAG